AUGCUUGGAGACAAGCUAUCGAUUGAAAAAGGGCAGCUUUGGACAACACCAAGUGCUGAUAUUGUGGUGGCACAAGAUGGGAGUGGAAACUAUAAAAAAAUCUCAGAGGGUGUAGCCGCUGUUAAGGGAAGUGGAAAAGGAAGAGUUGUUAUUCAUGUGAAAGCAGGAGUAUACAAAGAGAACAUUGAUAUAGAAAACACAGUUAAGAACAUAAUUAUAUUUGGAGAUGGAAUGGAUUCAACCAUUGUUACCGGUAAUCAUAACGCUCAAAAUGGUUCUACCACUUUUCGUUCAACUACUUUUGCUUGGUUCAUGGUAACCUCAAUUGAAAUAUCAUGGAAUGAAGAAGAAUCAAUGGUUGACAGUGUAUUAGUGGUUCCAAUGUAA